CUCACCGCUGAGCUGAAGCUGCUCGCGGGAUAUUCUCGCAGUGUCCGUGGACGUGACCAGCAGCGCCCAGCUGGAGCGCCCUUAAUGUGCGAUAAAGUAACGAUGAUGUUAUGCUAGGUUGACUCCGUUUAUGAUUUUUAUUCGAAUACAAAGACAUUUAGCAGAUAUAUAUUUUCUUCUUGUUCACUUUUUAAACUCUUUUUAACCCCAAAGAAGUCGCCUACCUGUUUCCAUUUCUGUUGUUGAAAGGAUUUAACGUUACACAGGAAAAUGAAGCCAAGGAUUUUACUGACCUACCUGACGUUUGUUGGUUCUUGUUUGUGUAAUGGAUCUGAGCUGGCUUUCCUUACGCAGCCCAGCGAUGUGAUCGCGGUGCGGGACAGGCCGUUGAUGCUGGACUGCAGGGUGGAAGGUGAGGGUCCCAUCACGGUGACGUGGCAUAAGAACGGAGCGCCGCUGCUUCCGGGAGUAGGCAGCCGGGCGGAGAUCCUAUCCAACGGCACGCUCCUGAUCCACAGCUUCCAGAAGAGACGGGAUGGAGAUACGAGCGAUUCUGGAGAGUAUUACUGCGCUGCACAGAACCACGACGGCAUGCUGGUCAGCCGCAAGGCCCGUGUGCAGCUCGCAUCUCUCCCUAAAUUCCAUACUCACCCAGAGUCCAUGUCAGUAGAUGAGGGAGGUGUUGCACGUUUCCAGUGUCAGGUCAAUGGCAUUCCUGAGGCCAACAUCACUUGGGAGAAGGACCGUGUUGUGCUUGGAACCUCUGAUGACAGGUACACACUUCUCCCAAUGGGUAUUCUGCAGAUUACAGGAGUUAAGAAAUCAGAUGCUGGCGUCUACCGCUGUGUCGCCACCAAUAUCGCCAACACCCGCUACAGCCAUGAAGCCUAUCUGAACGUAACCGGAGGUGUCCCUCGCACCUAUAAGGAACCAUUCAUCCUGUCCGGCCCACAGAACCUCACCAUUACCGUCCAUCAGACCGCCAUCCUGGAGUGUAUCGCCACCGGAAACCCUCGCCCGAUUGUGUCUUGGAGUAGACUUGAUGGCCGAUCGAUCGGAGUGGAGGGCAUACAGGUGCUGGGCACGGGGAACCUGAUGAUCUCAGAUGUCUCCCUUCAGCACUCUGGAGUAUAUGUGUGUGCUGCCAACCGGCCCGGCACCAGGAUGAGGCGUACCGCUCUGGGCAGGCUGGUCGUGCAAGCUCCUCCAGAGUUCCUGCAGUGGCCGCAGUCUGUGUCGAAGGCAGCAGGGGGCAGCGCAGUGUUCACGUGUGUGGCUCAGGGUGUUCCUGAACCUCACAUCAUAUGGCUGAAGAAUGGAAAGAUACUCACGCCUGGUGACAAUGUCAAACUCACCAACAAUAACAGCACCCUGGCCGUGACUCGCAUCACAUCAGAGGACGAGGCCAUAUACCAGUGCAUCGCUGAAAACUCGGCCGGCACUAACCAGGCCAGCGCUCGUCUGGCUGUUUCCCUGGCCAAAGAGCUGCCCGAUUCCCCUCAGGGCCUGAAAGCCACGGCUCUGUCUAAAACCACCUUGCAGCUCUCCUGGACACAGCCGCCGGCUGAAAUCACGGACGGGAUCAUCGGAUACGUGCUGCACAUCCGCAAGUAUGGCGAGCCUGAGAGUAAAGAACUACAGGAGGCAGUGAGUAAGACAACAUUUCAGCAUGACCUCACAAACCUUGAACCUGCGACCACCUACUCCAUCUACCUGAAGGCCUACUCUCCUCUGGGUGCCAGUGAACGCUCCAGUACUGUGGUUUCCACAACACUAGGGGGCGUGCCCAGUCCACCUACAUUUUUCACCAAAGCAAUAAACAGCACUGCAGUCCAGGUCCUAUGGGAGCUUCCCAGUAAGCCUGGGAAAACGGAGGGUUUCCGACUGUCAUACCGCAGGGUUCCUCAUGGAGAGAUCCUGGGGCCGAUUCAGUUGCCAUACCAUGUUAACGCUCACACCUUCUCUCAUCUCGACCCUGGCGCUGUGUAUGAAGUCAAACUGGUGGCCUACAAUGGCAAUGGAGAGAGUGACUGUUCAAAGAAACUGGUGUCACUGGCUGAGGACGGGACUAGUGCUAAAACCAGAGCAGGAGAGGAAACUCACUGUAACUGCAGGGGUGUAGAGAGCUCGGUCAGCAGUAUUGUGAUUGGCAUCCACAUCGGCAUGGCCUGCAUCAUUUUCUGCGUGCUCUUCCUCAUGUUCGGAUAUCGGCGCAGUUUCCUCUGUAGGAAAGGGACUCAGGACAGCUGGUCUGUGCCACAGGGCGAAGAUGGAGGACAUCAUUCUCAAAGCAAUGGCAUCCCAAAAGAGGGAGUAACACGGCCUGCUCAAGGCAUUGAGUUAGUUCCUCCGGUUCCUAAUAUAGAUCGCCAGACCCAAUGCCAGGUUCUUAUUGAGCAGCACUCGUCCAGUCUGCCAGGCACAGGCACAGGCACAGGCACAGGCUAGCACUGCCUCAGUGAUCUCGCUCUUUGUGGUUCCUCUGCCUAGCCUGCCCACCAAAGUCCCCUUUAAUCCAUAUUUAUCAUGCCCUGGCCGUCACUUAAACUGCUGCUACUGUUGAAGGGUGUAAAGUAUCUACAAAAAUGCAUAUAGUGUUUUGCUACUGUAAUUGAGUUUAAGUGAGCCCGUCCCAUUUGUUUCCUCGUUUCCUCCCUAAAGAACCAAAGCUUCACUGCUUUAAGAUCUAUAUGCCGACGUGUCCGCACAAGAACACCAAAUGAUAGCCUUAGGAGAUACUGAACACUGUUUUUAAGUUGCAAAUAGUUUUACGGCACUCUUUCUGAGCAUAAAUACACAAUGGAAGCAAAUCAAAACAAAGAAUAAUACCAAAACCACUUUGUAUUUUAUUACCAAAGGACUUUCUGCUAAAACCAAAACUUCCCUUUGCAAUGCGUCCUGUGGUAAUAAAAUACACACAAAAGAUAAACAUAAGAUUUAUCGAACUACAUGAUUUACAAAACAAGCUAUAUUCUCAGUUGAAAUGAUUACAGGGAACAGAGGUUUGUUCCAUUUGUUAGCCUUAGCUCGGAUAUAUACCAAGAUUAAUAACGUGGCCUUGCUUUUGCCUUCGCUUGUGGUUGUGCGAGUUCAAAUAAAUUGAUUGUUGUAUGUUUCACCGUACAUGCCUCGAGGCAGGCUACCCCAGAGGAACCAUAAAGGUGAUGGAUUCCUAUUCCUAUCCCUCGUAAUACCCACCAAAAGCUGUAUACCUCCAAAGAUAGCUACCUCAGAAUGUUAUUUUGGGCUAACUUUAGUCCCUGCUGAUAAAGCAUGCCUACCUCAGCCAAAAAAUGUCCAGAUACCCGCUACUCUUCCCACUGCCAGUGCCUGUGCCAUCUGCCUCCAGAACCUGCAUUCAGGUGCCCAUCUGGUCGACUGCCAUGGAGAGUGUGACCUUAGCCGCUCCAAAUAUUGCCUUAGCAGACAAAAGCUGUCUGGGAACCCUUCCCUACCUCAUC